AUGACAUCUACUCAGCGGAGUGAGGGAAUUAAUGUUUUUUUUGAUCAUUUUGUGAAUGUAAAUACCGAGUUACAUGAUUUUGUUAAGCAGUAUGAUAAUGCUGUCAGAGCUCGCCGAGCCGCUGAACUUGAGCAAGAUUUUAAGUCCACAAACUCAGUUCCUACAUUGAUAAUUGAACAUCCCAUUGAAAAACAAGCUCGGGAGAAUUAUACGAAGAAUCUGUUUACUAUCUUUCAGAAAGAACUCAAGGAUAGUUACUCCAUGCUUCAUGAAAAGUUGUCGAAGGACGGCGCAAGUGCUACUUAUGCCGUUUGGAAUAUAGAUAGCGAGGCUGAAAGCAAGAAGAUAGUAAAGCAUCAUGUUGUUUUCGAUACAUCCAAAGAAAAAAGAAUUAAGUGCUCUUGUGCGAGAUUUGAGAUGGAAGGUAUAUUAUGCAAACAUAGCUUGCACAUUUUAGUAAAGAAGCAAGUAUUAGAAAUUCCAUCAAGAUAUAUCAUGCAACGAUGGACAAUUAAAGCAAGACAUGUUGGUUGCGGAGUUGUUAGAAAUUGCAUUACAAAUAGUGAAGACCAACUAUCUAUCAUUAAACAUUGGGCCCUUAGGAGUAGAUGUAACAAGGCACUAGAAGAUACAUUGACUUCAAGUACACUUCAUGAUAAGUUUAGUGCUUUUUUAGACUCAUUUUUUGAAGAAGUUGAGAAUUCCAAGAUUGAGAAGGAACAUAACAACAAUGGAAAUGAGAGCAAUGCCAGCAAUAAGAUGCCUACUUCAUCCAUACUCAUCUCUAUAGAGGAAGCAACUCAAACCACUAUUCGUGAUCCAGAUAAGCCUGUUGCCACGAAGGGACGACCAGCACAUGCUACUAGAAUUAAGUCGGGAGUGGAGAUAGCACAAGAAAAGAGUAUAAAAAACAAAGAUUUUGUGGGUUUUAUACCUAUUGCUUGUGAUUCCUCUUGUUCUCACUUUGGGAGUUUCUGGCAUAUGCAAAGUGCAGUUUGUGUUGCUGGUUUAAUCACAGAAGUUUUUGUUACAUAUAUGCAUGGGGGAUUUGCUGCAUCAUUUUCAUCUCAAUCUGUUCAGAUUUUUGGUUUUUUGGGGAGGCAAGCUCACCGCUUGAACUUGCUGAGCUGGUUUCCUAUAUUUGAGGCUGUGCAAUACGAACAGAUUGUGGCCCACCGUUAUCAACGGCCGCCGUUAUCGACGGCCACAUGUGUUUCAGAUAGGAUCCCAAUUGACAAUUCUUCCGGAGAUAAUGUUUUGAUGGUUGACCCCAUCUACCAG